AUGGCUGUCAGCAAUAACUCACUUUUUGAUGCAGCUACGGCUCUAUUUGUCCAUGAUAUUGUUGAUGAGUCUGAGUUUGUAGCUUUAUACGACAAUACAAAAAGAAAAUCACAGGAAUUUCAGUACUGGGAGUACCAAAAAGUCGAGAUGCAGUUGCAAUACAUGACCAACAAUGAAUGCAGAUCGCACUUCAGAGUGGACUUAGCAGAUCUGCCUAUCUUGGCAGAAGCUUUGAGGAUCCCAGAGAAGUUAUUUUGCCCCAACCAAACGGUGGCAACAGGGAUGGAAGGUCUUUGUGUUGCUCUUAGGCGUUUUGCUUAUCCCUGCAGGUUCAGUGACAUGAUACCUCAUUUUGGUUGCUCUGUUUCAGAGUUGAGUUUGAUCGCUUCAGGGGUGACUGACCAUAUAUACAAUACACAUGGUUAUCUUUUGACCCAUUUAAACCAACCUUGGCUUUAUCCUGAUUGUCUUCAAGACUAUGCUUCAUCUUCAAGACGAAGCUGGUGGCACUUUGGAGAACUGCUGGGGAUUUGUUGAUGGCACAGUAAGACCUAUCUGUUGCCCUGGAGAAAACCAGUACAUCAUGUAUAAUGGCCAUAAACGUAUCCAUGCCAUCAAGUUUCAAUCUGCUGUGGCACCUAAUGGCCUUAUUGCAAAUCUUCUUAUGGUCCAAUAGGUACAUUUUAUAUUAAAUAAUAUAGUGUAAUGCAUUACUUAUUUCCUACAGUGUCUAACCAUACAGUAUAGUCUUAUAGUGUAUGUAUUUAAUAAUUUUUGCAUAUACUUAUAUAUUUUAUUGCUGCCGAGCGUAGCGAGGCAGCUCCCUAUUCUUGACGUUACAUGACGUUCUUGCUUUUUUGUGCCCAGUCCCCGGCCGAGUUAUAUUGGGGAAACAUACUCAAUCCAUGUCAGUCCGUCGGAUGCCAAGAUUUUUCGGAAAUUGUCAUCAGCUCCAGCAUUCGACGACUCUUUGUUUUUAUUCUAUUUUGAUUCGAUUUUAUUUUGUAUUCAGCUCGCAUGAUUCUUCUCAGGAUUUAAUACAGUUUAAUACGAUGCAAAGGAUCGACAAUAUCUUGAAUAAUUCAUGGCGGAUAGCUUUAUUUCUUUCUGGUGAUACUGUACAUGAAGGCAUUUAUUUAGAUUUGCUAUUUAGUGUUCGAUAUAGAGGUAUUGAAACCAAUAUGAUUUUAUGAAUAUGCAGUUCUAAUAGCCCAAUGAUCGUCUUUAUAUUUAUACAAGGAGUCAAAAUGUUAUUUUAUUGUACAUUUAGUAUCUGAGAUAUGUCCAUUGGUUAGCAUUAUAUGUAAUAUACCGGCUUACAUUCAUGUAUUCACUUGCUCAGAAUUUCUUUCUACAAUCUUAAUCAUUACAAAUGAAUGGUCAUCUGAAGCUGACAAAAAUGUCAACAUAGAUCAGUGUCUUCUCAUCAGCAGAUUGUUCGGUUGUUCUGCAAUAGGGGUAGCCUUGAAGGUACCAUUAAAACAAUAAUCGCGUCGUAUUCAUGCACGAUUUAAUUUCGCGCACCUUGUUCUUUAAAUUCGGGCAAGAAAUUUUCUGUGUUCGUUCUUUUUGGUUUGCUCAAUAGAACUAUCAAUUAACGUAUUUGUAACGAGUAUUUUUUAUCAAAACUUAAUCAAAAAGCGAUUAGGUGGCCUCAAGAAUGGUUUCAAAAUUAUGUAAUAGAACUAAAACAUUUAUUGUAUGGUUCCCAUUUGCCUAAUACAAUAGCACUAAUCUUUUAUUAGCAUUCCCAUAUAUUAAUUAUAGGUUCAUAAAUGGCAUAAAACUACGGUGAUCCACAAGUGCAACACACAAAUAUGUUUCAAACGCACAAAUAUAUCUCAAAACACACAAAUAUAUUUAGGUAGAGUUCAAAUGGAUCCUCUUUUCAUUGUGGCUCUUUCAAUGCGGCGCUCACACAUGAUCGUUGCCACCUUUGACAACAAUGUUUGAGGAUCUGUGGCAAAAUGCAGGCAUUCAUAACGGAAUGCUACAUGGAACCUGAGAAUAUCCCGACUGAAAUUGUCCGGGAGGAAGACAUUUUUUAUUUUUAAUAUUGACAGGACAACUUAAAACAUAUGAUAUGUUAAAUGUGUAGAUGUGCGUUAAAUAAAUCAACUGAUUUGCAUUACUAACAACCAGUGUCUCAUAUUACAUCACAAAGCUUUUCGCGCGGAUUAUAUUUCGCACAUUACUAAAAUUCGCGCAACCCAGCGCUGCGUGAAUUCUAGUACUGCGCAAAUUUUAACACAAGUAAGGUAUAUGAAAUUGUAGCAACAAGUCAUGUUAUGGAAGUUUUUAAUGAUUUGCAGGUUUCAGUAGCAUAGCAUGACCAGUUGCCAUGGCUAGCUUGCCACUGAAUACUGACAAUGUCAUAUUGCCAUAUAUAUCAACAUUGAUAAUACUUGAAUGAAUCAUUGGACAUGUAGAGUUUAGUUUAAUAAUGGCUAGCUUCACCAUUAACAGUAUAAUUAUACAUACAAAAGCAAGAAGUUAUAAGCAUUUAAGGCAUUCAUAAAAAAAACCCAUGCCAAGAAAGUAGAAUUAGAAUAUUUAGCUGACCUUCGACUUUGUGCAAGGUGUUUGAUAUUCAAAUUGCAUUUUUCAGUCUUUUCCUGCAUCCUGAACAGGCGUAUUAGCAAUCUUGUACUCAGAGUUUGCCCGUUCACAAGUUAGGUCAUGCCCAGCACCUAACCUGUGGACGGGCAUACUCUGGGCUGUUUACAUGAUGGAAGUUGGGAUGAUUUUGUUGUAUUGAAAUAAGUCACUAGGCUAAACGAAAGUUCAAAUGCUGACUAUAACCGAACUCAAAUGUUGUAGAGAAGAUCAUGUAGUUCAAGAUUUUUAUAGCUUUUUGAACAACCUUUCGAUUACAGUUAACUAUAAUCCAUCUCUAGAAAAUAAAGUUUUUCACAAAACCAUUGCGCCUUAUAUCUCGUCCUGACAAAGUGGUUUAAGCGGGAUCCGUAUAAACAGCCCUUAUUUAGCAAAUUGCGUAUGCUCCCUUGCCUUUGAUCCCUCGGGUGUGAGGCAGCAUUUUCCUUGCGAUAGUAACUUCUAGUAGUACUUGUACUUUAUAUAAUAUGUGCUUUUAAUUUUAGAAGGAAAACGACAUGAUGCUGGGAUGUUAAGAAUGUACGGCCUUCUUGACCAACUGGAUCAACAUUGUAAUACCUCCCCUUGGUGACCCUCCGGAGACCCUGCUUACCCAUUAAGAAGACAUCUCCAGAAGCCAAUACCAGCAUCCUAAUCUUGAUGAAAGGCAACUUGAGUUCAACCGGUCUACAAGUUUUGUUCAGGUUAGUGUUGAAUGGGUUUUUAGUGACAUUAAUUAUUUCAAGUUUAUGGAUUUUAAGAAGAAUUUGAAAAUUGGAUUAAUCUUUAACCCAUUAAGCGCCAGCGCUCUCCCCUUGACGAGUAAAAUUGUCUGGCGUUAGACAGAGUAAAAUACUCUGGCGUUAGACAGAGUAAAAUACUAAAGUAGGGUGCAUCAGGGUGCAAUGCGACUCAAUGGGUUAAUCUUUAAUCUUUCUAGAAUUUCACAUUAAAUAGUAAAUACUAAAUACUAAUUUACACUGUGAAUUACAUUUAAACUGUAUAAAAAAUUAACUAAGGCUAAUGUUAAGAGUCAAUAUUUACAAGUAAUCUUAAAUAAAAAUUUUGAAAGAAUUCGAUAAAUUUACUUCGACUCCAGCGUUCGGUUAAAACAUUCAAUCCCAUACACAAUUGGGCUAUUUUUAAAUCAUUCAGUUCGAUAUCCAAAAUUAUACAGUUUUUCUCCAUUUGACCUAGUUUGCCUCUGUCUUAUCUGAUUAACUGUUUCUGGAAAUAAACCGUGUAAUCUAUGUCUAGGGUCUAUCAUUAUUUUUAUAAGGUUUCCGCACAUCUCUUCUCUGCGAGCCUUUAAUGUUUUAAGGUUACAGUCCAGUAAUGCUUCUUCAUAAGUCAGUCCAGGACAAAUAAUCCUAAGCGCACGCUUCUGAACUCGUUCUAUGUCAGUAGACUGUUCCUUGGUUAACCCAUUGAGUUGCAUUGCACCCUGAUGCACCCUACUUUAGUAUUUUACACUGUCUAACGCCAGGCGGUUUUACUCAUCAAGGGGAGAGCGCUGGCGCUUAAUGGGUUAAGUUUCUGUGCCAAAUUUAAGCACAAUAUUCAAGUGUUGAACUUAUGACAGCUAUAUAAAAGGCUUUUAAAUCCUGCUUUGGUGCAUUAUAACCUCUUAACAUCUUCAGAAAAUACAGUCUUUUUACCGCUUUUUUAACAAUAUAGCAUGUGUUAGUUGACCACUUCAAAUUGUCAUCAAUCCAUAAAUCAAUAAUUUGUAACAUUUAACCCUUUCAAAUACAUGACUAUUGAUUUCUAGCAGUAGAAUAACAGUUACAUUUUUCCGAAAGUCAAUUAUCAUUUCUUUACAUUUAGUUUGAUUUAACUCCAUCAUAUCUUCUUCAGUAAACCUUAAAACGUCAUUAAAUUAGCAAAGAAGUUAUUAAUUGAAUCUGCCGAUUGUUUAUCGUUCAUUUGGAGAUUUGUCUCGGAGUUUACUAAAGUCACAGCGUUUUUCCUUGAUCCAAUUAAUCUUUUAACUUCCUUCCACCAUGCUUUUGGGCAUGAACUAUGGUUUGCUCGUACCUUUUUAUCAUAAAACUGCAGCUUGGCUUUCUUUAUCUCGGCUGAAACUUGUCUACGUAAAGAUUUGAAUGAAGAGCUCUAUUGUUUUUAAAAGCUUUAUUUCUUUUAUCCAUCAGAGAUUUAAUUUUUUGCAUCAUAAAGGGUUUAUCGUUGGUAUGCUUUUUUAUUAUUCUUUCGGGGAAAAACUCGUUGAUAAUCACUUUAGUAAAAUGAAGAAAAGCAUCAACUUUCUCAUCAGAUCCUUUGUUAGAGAAAAGUUCACUCCAGUCAUAGUUCUCUAGAAAAACCCCAAACUGUUCCGUACUUGUAUGGUUGAGAUCUCUCACUUUUACCUUUACUAUGUUUCCAGCCUUUACUAGGAACAGUUUCCUUUAGGAACAGUUUCCUUUAGGAACAGUUUCCUUUAACCAAGUCUCAGUGAUGCAAGCUGUGUCUAUAUCAUUAGUAAUAACCAAUAAUUCCAAUUCAUAUGUUUUAUUAAUAAAUGGUCUUGCAUUUAAAAGCAUUACAUUCGGGAGAAGUUUCCCAUUUUUUGAUUUCUCGUUGUUCUUUUCCAAAGGAAUAUUAAUUAAAUUGGAUUUACGUGCGUUACUCAGUGGUGCAUAUUCUUCUAGUAGUAAUAGCUGUACCAGUUCUUCCGCUCGUGUUUGUCUUUCAGCCAAUCGGUUUGGUGAUAUGUGGGACGCGAUCGAAAAAACUUGUCUCUGUUAGCCUGUUUGCUUUUUAAGGAUUUGCUAGACUUUCUUCUCCACCGAUUUGUUGAGGUACGUAGAGUGAUGUGUGUUGGGAUGGGAUAAUGUUAGUUAUGGUCAUGGGUAGGGUCACAAGGACGUAUGCUGUCAUCACCAGUGCCAGGUUGAUUUAUAAAUGAAUUCCCUUGACCUUCGCUAUUUGCAUCUUGGAGAGACUUAGUAAUGUCAACACGUGCAAUUGGUCGAACAGUUUGGCUCGUUGUUACACAAUUAACUAGUCUUAGAUAGUUUCUCCAAUCUUUACUCUUUAUAUAGGGCAGGGAAUAAGCGGAGUGCUGUUGGGAAGAUGUAUUCUGUGUGUGCCCUUUUGAGAAAUGCAUUGUCUUUAUGGCUCAACUACAAGUUCUUAUUUUGGAGUUGACCCUACUACACUGGAAGAAUAUUUUCAACUAAAUUAGAAUGUGGUAGUGAAUAGACUUUAUGUACACUGACAUCAAGGCUUGAUGCCUGUGAGGAAUGCUCUUUGUAGUCUUAGAAUGUCUUAAUAGUCAUUGCUUGGGAAAAUUUCAAUAGUGUGGCCAUUUUGAAUUGUUUAAUUUUCCUGGGCAAUGACUACUAAGACCAGCAUUCCUCGCGGGCAUCAAGGCUUCUGAUGUCAUCAUGCAUAAGGUUUAUUACAUAUGUAAGAACACAUAAGUUGUUACAAGCCUGCGGCAGACUUAUAACCAGAUUGCCGACUUACUACAAGCUGGAACGUAGUGAAGCAUCUGAAGUUGGGGGGGGGGGGGGUGUCGGAGGAUUUCCUGAAAUUUGAAUUUCAAUGUUAAAAAAGUUACCUGAAGCGUAAUAAUUAUAAAAGCUUGUAGAUUUUUACAUUUUUGAAAAAUGUUACAUUUUUGAAACUCUAGGACUGCAUUUCUGGCAUUUUCUAAAGCAAAUUCGAAAACAAAUUGGAUGUAAAUUGACGGUAUUUUACAAAAACAGUUAUCAGUUCACAAAAAUAAUUAUUUUAGUAUGCAAAUUUUACCUGAAAAUGUCAAAAUUGUAACAUGAAUUUUACCUGAUCAUUAUUUUUACCUGAUCAGGGUUUCACAGGGGGGCGGUCACAGAUCGGAACGUUCUCUGGUCGCUGCGUACGUCCCUGGCUACAAGCUUGUUUCAGGAACUUGUUAUUGUCUUGCAAUUCAGCAAUUUGUUAACAAGUUGUGAGUGACAAGCUUGCCUUGCUACAACCUUGGUGCAAACACCGUUGUUGACAAGUUGUUGGUUAGACUUGGAUAAAUAAUGCUUUAUAUUAAAUAGCAAAUUUAGCCUGCCAGCAAUAAUGCUCUACAGAAUGAUAAUGUAUGCUUAAAAUUAACUCCGGCUUUGAUUAUAAAAAUCUUUUUUGUUAAGCAUUGUGUAUCUUGAUUUUGCACAAACGUUUCUCAAAAUUCUGCUUGUAACUCAAUUUUUGGCUGGCAGAAUGCUCACUGCUUGAUGCAGGAAAUUAUGCUCCAAAUUAUGUUGGCAUUUAUACUGAGCAAUUGGGAAUAUAUUUCGGAAUAAUAAAGAUGCUAGAAGUUUUAUAUGGUCAAGUACUGAUGAGACUUGAGCAAUUAAUAUUCUACUAUAUAUUACCCUUAGUUCUGAUUUUUAUAUGAGGUAGAGUUUGUCUUUACAAACACAAUAGUUUUCUUUCACAAAGCUGGCCAUGGCAACUGGUCAUGCUAUGCUAAUGCAUACAGACAAUGCAAUAUAUACACGCUAUGCUAAUAAGAGAAAAGAUUUCUAAAAUUUUAAUACAAAUCAUUAAAAAUUUGCAUAGCAUGAUCAGUUGCUAUGGCUAGCUUCACUACUGGGUAAAAAAGAAGACACCUGCAGAUAAACAUGUGAGUGUGUAUGUGCUGGAAAAUUUGCAUAGGCACCUACACACUCAUAAUUAUUUGUAGGCAUUAGGCUUUCCGGCAUGAAUACUAAAAUCACUUACUAAUGUAUCGAUCAAUUCGAAACUUCACCAUCCCCCCCCCCCCCGGGCAUACCCCGGGAAUUUGACUUCAAGUCUUCUCCAGGGAGUAGGGAAUUUGACGUUUUAAGUCUUCCAUGUGGUGGGGCAUUUGAUAACGGGGUGGGGAAUUUGAACCGGAAGUCUUAAAAUGUUGCCCGUUUUCGCGUGCUUCCUGCAUGCACAGAAAAUACUUCGUAAUGGCGGCAAAUACAGUUUUCUCAGAUUUCGAGGGAAACGGCCUCAAUUUUGUGAAAAAACUGGCUCAAAGAAACGGGCAUGGAAAAUCUAUGUGUUUCAUUUGAAGGUAUGUACUACAUAACGUGUAAAACUGUUAAAUUUCCACAAGGUAUCCAAACUGUUUACGCGAAUUUCGCUAUCUUGUCGAAAACUUUUCCGUAUAUUUUGUACUUUUUGUAUUUACUGUUUCAUAAUUUUCAUAUGAAGGUGGGGCAUUUGAACGCUUAAUUUCUUGUUACAGUGGGGCAUUUGAAGACAUUUUUUGCACAGAGGGUGGAGAAUUUGAUCAGUCAAAUUUCAAAAAGUUCAAAUUCCCGGGGUCGGCCCGGGGGGGGAUGGCGAAGUUUCGAAUUGAUCGAUACAUAAAUAUAUCAAUAAUUGAAUACUUAUUAAAUUAAAACAUUGCAAUUUGAAUUGUGAAUAUAUAUAUAUAUAUAUAUAUAUAUAUAUAUAUAUAUAUAUAUAUACAAUGUGUUAAGGUGAUGAGUGUGUAUUAUAUAAUUUCCAUACCCAGCGUAAGCAGAAAGAUAAAGUCUGCCGCGGCUGGGUCUUGAACCUGCGACCUUCGAAUUACUAGAUCGACGCUCUACCAACUGAGCUACACGAUCAGACGGAUUUAAGAUAUAUAUAUAUAUAUGGUUUACGAAACACAAACAGUGCUCAAUAUCAUAUAGAUAGAGCGUAAUAUAGUUACCUCAAAAAAACCACAACAGUCUGUUUCAUCCGUAUAGGAAUCAUAUAUCAUAUAUAUUUCAAAUUUUUAGUAAAUCAAUAUCUUUAUCAUCAAAAUCAGUAUCUAGACGCACAUUUUCUUGCAACUCUUUGCUGAAAAAAUGCAGCAAAUAAAAAAAAGAGGAUUCUGGCAAAAGCAAUAAAAGCCCUUUUUGCAGCUGUCAGAAAAAAAAAAUGGAAACCCUAGACUGACAAUUUGUUCACAGAGGAGAGAAAGAAAUCACUGGCAGAAAGUGACCUCAGUUCGUAUUUCCAAGAAGAUGCACAGUGGCCUGAGUUUUUUCAAGACAAGGGGAACCCUGACAUUGCUGGAAGUUGCUCUCGUCACAGUGAAGCAAAAUUAAACGAAAGUAUGAAAAGCUUGAACAAAAGAGAAGCUAGAGAAUCGGGUUCUGAAUCGUUGUCGAACUUGGAAUCAUGCAACUCUGACAAUGAUGCCUGUGAGUAUGAUGGCUUUCAACUAACUGUUGGACAUUACUUUGUUGAACCAGAACGGCUACAAGAAAUAGUUGAUAACUCAGCAGUCUGCAAGGAAUGCCAUUGCCCACUAUCAAUUCUAAAGAAAGAAAACUCUUGA